UGUGCGGAAGCCAGCAGCCCUGCGCGGUGGGCUGUGCGGGGAGCUUGUUCGCACGCGCGCCACAGCUGGCCCCGCCAUGGCGGUGCCCAGCGCCUUCCUGGCAUCUGUCCUCCUCCUCCUCUGCGGGCUGGGCCCCUGCCUUGCCACUGCCCAUGGCUCUCCAGGGGUGGAGUGUGUCUUCUUCAAUGAGGAGUACAUGACCUGCACAUGGGGCAGCAAAGAGAAGCUCACAGCCAACUACUCCCUCUACUACUGGUACGAGAACAGGUCCCCCAUGGUGGAGUGCAAGCACUACCUGCAGGACCAGGGCAUCAGCAUCGGCUGCUACUUCAACCAGAGCGAGAUCAUCCAGUUCCAGCCUUUCCGUGUCCUCCUCAAUGCCACCUCCAGUGGCAAGACCCUGGAGGUCCUCAGUGAGCGCAUGGAGCUGCAGGACUUGGUGAAACCAGAUGCACCCGUCAACCUGACCAUCCGCAACAUGAGCGGCAACCAGCUGCGUCUGACUUGGAGCUCCCCGUACCCCAAAGGCCAGUGCCUGGAGCAUGCCGUCAAGUACAAGAGCAACAAGGACACCAGCUGGACGGAGCACCGGGUGAACGGAGACAUCUUCUCCUUCCCCAGCGUGGACUAUGAGAAGUACUACACCUUCUACGUGCGCAGCAAGAUCAACAGCUACUGCGGCAGCACCCAGCUCUGGAGCGAGUGGAGCGUCCCCAUGGUGUGGGGCAGCAAUUCCACCAGCAAAGGUGCAGUGCUGGAGCACCUGUCCUGGUUCUGGAUCCACACGGUCUUUAUUCCCAUUGCCUCCUGCCUGCUCUUGCUGGUCCUUGUCGUCCUGCUGGUGCGCAUGGAAAGGGUAUGGGUCAUCCUCAUGCCCCGAAUCCCCAACCCCAGCAAGAACUUCGAUGAGCUCUUCAUCACCCACAAUGGCAACUUCCAGGAAUGGGCUGGAGUCCCCAAAGACGUCGUGGAGAGCUUCAAGCCCAACUACAGUGAGAACAUCUGCUAUGUGAGCGAGCUGCCCCCCAAGGACAGCUACGAGCCCCUCCGGGAGGGCAACAGCCACCUGCUGCCUGUGACACCCGGGGCCCUGGCCACCCCCCAGGAGCACAGCCCCUAUAAGAACAGCUACCCGGGAGUGUGACACACUCCUGCAGUCCCGCGCCCUGCAUGCUCCGCACCCCCGCUGCCCCAGACCUUGCCAUCCCACCGGCCUCGCUCCCCGUGCCCACUCUGCCUCUGCCAAAUGCCCGGGACCCCUGGCCCUGCUCCCUGCCACGGCCACACGCAGCUCCUGCGACACGGUGGCACACCGGAGCUGCCGGCGGCUCGCCGAUCCCCCCUCCCUGCUCCGAGGUGCUCACAAGCACACCCAGGGACAUGUCCCCACACCCUGUCCCCGUUGUGCCCCGCCGCCCUGUCCCCAUCCCUGCUGUCCCAUGCCCAUCACUCUUGUGCCCUGCUGUGUGGUGUAUGAGGGCACGGACUCCGGCUGUGAUAAGCAUGAAAUCAUUUAUUGCUUCUCAAGCCUCGGCUUUUAUACCCGAGCUCUAAAACUUCCCAUGCACCUGCUAGGCAAGUAAACACAUAUUUCAGAUCA